UCCCAGCCGGGAGCGACCCGGAGUCCCGAGCCUCGAGCCCCAGCCGCCGCCAGUUUUAGCUUCAGCGGGUUAGGAAGAGGAGGGAGUGGGCAGAGCGCGCCAAGGAGGAGGGCGCCGAGGCCGGAGGGUCCCGAGGCCGGCACUGACUUGACGUCGACAAAGUUUCCCUCUCGGGUGCGGAAACGGCGCCCCGGCCGUGUCGGAGCGGAGACCGCGCGGCUGCGUGGACGCGGCGGCUCUCCACGCCCCUGCCCGAAGCCCGACCCGCCCGCACCAGUCCGUAAGGUCUGGAGAGGCAGCGGUUUGUCCGGGGUCUCCCCGCCGCGAGCCCAGCCUCCCGUCAGAUCGGAAACUAUCUUCAUUUAUCACAGAGUAACUGAAGAAUAACUGAAAAAUUAGAGAUCUCUUUGAUGUUUUGUCAAGAUAGAAAUAACUCCCUACUGAUGAGGAAAAUGUGUAACAGAGGAGGCUGAAGAGAAAGACAUUCAUAGUUAUAUGUGAUUCCAUCUGAUAUACAUAGGAGAGAAAGUGAUUGAAGAACUCAGAUGGCAACUAUAUGACUGAAACUAUUCAAAGUCAAACAUCUGCAUAUUCUUUCAACUAUAUUUGAGCAUACUCAGGAUAUAAAGUGUGAUUGAACUGAACGUCUGUUUGGCUGAUCAUCAUGAACCGUGCUUUUAGCAGAAAGAAAGACAAAACAUGGAUGCACACGCCUGAAGCUUUAUCAAAACAUUACAUCCCCUAUAAUGCAAAGUUUCUUGGCAGUACAGAAGUGGAGCAGCCUAAAGGAACUGAAGUUGUAAGAGAUGCUGUAAGGAAACUGAAGUUUGCAAGACAUAUCAAGAAAUCUGAAGGCCAGAAAAUUCCCAAAGUUGAGCUGCAAAUAUCGAUAUAUGGAGUAAAAAUUCUAGAACCUAAAACAAAGGAAGUCCAACACAAUUGCCAGCUUCACAGAAUAUCAUUUUGUGCAGAUGAUAAAACUGACAAGAGGAUAUUCACUUUCAUAUGCAAAGAUUCUGAGUCAAAUAAACAUUUGUGCUAUGUAUUUGACAGCGAAAAGUGUGCUGAAGAAAUAACUUUAACAAUUGGCCAAGCAUUUGACCUGGCAUACAGGAAAUUUCUAGAAUCUGGAGGAAAAGAUGUUGAAACAAGGAAACAGAUCGCAGGAUUACAGAAAAGAAGCAGCAGAAGCAGCAGAUGCUGGAUUCAAGACUUAGAAACUGAAAACAUGGAACUUAAAAACAGAGUACAAGAUUUGGAAAGCCAGUUAAGAAUAACCCAAGGAUCAGCAUCUCCACUGCUGCACAAAGUGUCUGAUCGUGAGCCAUAUGGGUUUCAGAGAUGCUCAUCCUCUUUCUGGCAUAGUGAUGAUGAUUCAUCUUCCUGUCUAAAUAUUUCUUCCAUAACUGUCACUCCUGUCAACUCGCCUGAUUCCAGACUGUCACUGGGACUGUUAAUACCACCACCUUCUAAAUGUGGCCUUCCCAAGCCAAUCAGUGAGAGCAGCAUCCCAAGACCUCAUGCAGGCAGUGUGACACCUAAGUCACCCUCCACUGACAUCUUUGAUAUGAUACCAUUUUCUCCAGUAUCACACCCGUCUUCAACACCUACUGGCAACGGCACACAGCCACCUCCCAUACCUAGUAGAUCUACAGAAAUUAAACGGGACUUGUUUGGAGCAGAACCUUUUGACCCAUUUAACUGUGGAGCAGGGGAUUUUCCUCCAGAUAUUCAAUCAAAAUUAGAUGAGAUGCAGGUGACUGUUUUAAGAGAUUGGCUUAUAAAUGGUUUAUUUCUUUUUAAUAUGGAACACAGAAAAUGUUAUGUAUCAAAACUACCCUUUCCUUGAAUUAUUAUCACUACAAAAACUUACUUGAAACAAUUACUUUAAAAUAAUAAUAUACAUUCAGUCCUAAAAAUAUUCCUACAAAUGCUAAGGAUAAGGUUAUUUUGUUUUGUUUUGUUUUAUUUUCAAUAGUGCAAUGUGUACUGGCAAUCAGAUGGCUCUUUUUUUAUACAAAAUUGCAUGGAUUCUAAUGGUUCAUUCUAGUGGUAAUGAAUCACUAGAUUUAUAAGAUUUCAACUCAGUUCUUAACAGUUAUGAAUUUCAGACUGUGUAUGGGUAGAUGAAGGAAAAUCUUUGUGAGAGUAAAAUCAGUCUCUUUUAAAAGAAGCAUUGUAGUUAUGGCUCAUAACUUCUAGACUCUUAUUCAAAAAGCAAGCACCCAGUGACAACUUCUUUAGUUGGGUUUUCAUUUCUCUCUCCCUCUUUUAUUUUUCAAUUCUGAAUUGCACUGAAAGUUUAAGGUAUUGGUUUUAAAAGCUUUACACAGUGGACUAUGAUUAAUAAAUAGUCUUAA